UUGAAAUCCUCAGUCAAACCCCAAAACCAAAACCAAAACCAACGGUUCCUCUCUCACAAAAUCCUACCGCCAUUCCAAUCGCGCGAUAACAUGCUUAUAUUUGGGCGCCAAACGUGCCUUGAAUUCCCCACUUCAGUUACUAAACUUCAGGCCAAAUCGAAUCACACCCACAUUCAGAGACACUCGGAUUUCAAUAACCCACAUCCCCAAAUCGAACCCAAUUCUAGAUUCGCAACAAAAGGGAAUGGCCCAAGCGAAUUCGGAAGAGAAGGUGAGUGAGACUCCGGAGAUGGAGACCAAGGAAGCUGUUAAUGGCAAUGGCAAUGGCGAUGGCGAUGGCGAUGGGGGUAGUAACAGUAGCGGUAAUUUGCCCUUCAAAUUCAACGCCCAAGCGCCCGAGUUCUUCCCUAGGUCGCAGACCCAGGUGCCCGUUACGGGCUAUUUUCACCCCUAUUUCCAUUUUCUUGGUGGGGCUCCUGCUACUUCCGAUUGGUUCUUUAUUGGGGAUCAAGAACCCGCGUACUUGAUCCCCAAUGCCACCAUUCCGCUCCCCAAUUUCUCUAAGAAUGUCCGUUCUGAUGAUAUUCAACAAAAAAUCGUCAAACAGGUAGAAUACCAGUUCAGUGACAUGAGUCUUCUUGCAAAUGAAUCUCUUGCAAAACACAUUAGUAAAGAUCCUGAUGGUUAUGUUCCUAUUUCUGUUAUUUCGUCCACCAAAAAAGUAAAGUCUCUAUCAACCAACAACAAUUUGAUAGUUCAAGCACUCCGCUCCUCUUCAAGGCUUGUUGUCAGUUCUGAUGGGAAGAAAGUUAGGCGUAAGCAUCCGUUCACAGACAAGGACAAAGAGGAAUUGCUGUCGCGCACGGUUGUUGUUGAGAACUUGCCCGACAAUCACUCGCAUCACAACCUCGAGAAAAUAUUUAGUGUAAUUGGAAGCGUGAAAACCAUCCGAAUCUGCCAUCCCCCGGAAUCUAAUCCCUGCUGCUCUAAAGGUGAAUUGUUUAUCAGUAACAAGCUUCAUGCACUUGUCGAAUACGAGACCGUAGAGUUAGCUGAAAGAGCGGCUGAGAAGUUAAACGACGAGAGAAACUGGAGGAAAGGGCUCCGAGUAAGGUUAUUGCUUAGACGCUCGCCGAAAUCUGUUCUGAAGACUCGAAAAUCGGAAUUUGAUAGCAUUCUGGAUGAAGAUGAUUCACCAUCUCCUGUGUCCAUUGAAGAGCCCUCUCUGUCAAAUAUCACUGAACUGAUUGUCGAUUGCAAUUCUGAGGAGAACUCCACAGCAUCUAAGAAGGGCUGGGGUCGAGGACGAGGGAAAGGCCGUGGACGGAUUCAUAGCCAUAGCGAUCGUAGCGUGCCUGUUACACAGGUGCAAGCGAGUAGCCAGGUUGUGUGUGAAGCAUCUACAAAACUCACUUCAAAGAGUCCGAGAAUGCCCGAUGGGACGAAAGGUUUCACCAUGGGACGAGGCAAGCCAUUAAGCUCGAAACCUGUAUUCAAUAGGCUUGUGGAAUGAUAGAAGAAUGUAGGGAAAUCUGUCUUUGAUUUGUUGAGUAGGGUGAAACUAUGACAUUUUUGCUGCUACAUUUUUGAUAAUAAUGGAGAUGUUUAAUAGGGUUUCGGUUUCUGUAUAAUGUGGCUAGCCAUCAUUCAUUCUUUUAGCAACUCCAAUUGUUUUUCUA